GCGGCGACAACUUCCAGUACUGUCACCCGCCUGUGCCCAGCUCCCGCCCUCGGAGCCGCGGCGUCCCUCGGCGGCCCCACCUUCAGCUCGAGGGCCGCCGCCGCCUCGAGAAUGGGCACUGGCAGGUCGGGUGACAGACUUCUAGACAUCCCCUGCAAAGUGUGUGGUGACAGAUCGUCUGGGAAACACUACGGCAUCUACUCUUGCGACGGGUGCUCGGGGUUCUUCAAGAGGAGUAUCCACCGUAACAGAGUCUACACCUGCAAGGCCACGGGAGAUCUGAAGGGCAAGUGUCCCAUUGACAAAACUCACCGUAACCAGUGUCGUGCCUGUCGUCUCAGCAAGUGUUUCGACGCAGCCAUGAACAAGGAUGCAGUGCAGCACGAGCGGGGACCCAGGAAGAGCAAGACCAAGGACGGCGGCAUGGCGGGGCUUGGCAUGAUCCACGCUGACCACUUCCCUGUGCAAGACUCCUCGAAGGGUCCGCCGCUGCUCUUCCCGCCGCCUCCCUUGCCCUCCCUCAAGCCACACGGAGCGCCCCACAUGUUCCCCGACGGCAUACUGGCUCCAACGCCCAUCCUCAUGCCCCACGUGCCCACCUCUCAGCCUCAUAGUCUCCUCCAUAUGCUCUCCGCUGAAAAGUUGCAGAAUGAGAAGCUAGCAAUCAGCAGCGGGUCUGUCAGCGGCAUGGCAGAAGUGCCCAUGUCCUUCCCGCAGGCGCCCUCUCUGCUCCCCUUCGCGCCAUCGUGGGACAUAUUUCAGGAGACGACGGCGCGGCUGCUAUUCAUGAUGGUGAGGUGGAUCAGGUCACUGGCGCCCUUCCAGACUCUCUCCCGCACAGACCAGUGCGUGUUGGUGGAGGAGUCGUGGAAGGAGCUGUUUCUGGUGCACCUGGCCCAGUGGUACCUGCCCCUGGACCUGAGCGGCCUCCUGCAGAGUCCCGCGGCACACUCCAGGCUGGGUAAUGACGAGAGGACCGCCCUGGAAGUGGCCACCAUACAGGACGUGCUAAGGCGCUUCAGACACCUGAGUCCUGACAACACCGAGUGCGGAUGUCUCAAGGCCGUGGUGCUCUUCAAGCCGGACGCGAGCAGUCUGGUGGACGUGCACCCCGUAGAGAUGCUGCAGGACCAGGCGCAGUGCAUCCUCAGUGACUACAUCCGCUCGCGCCACCCCCGCCAGCCCACCCGCUUCGGCCGCCUACUGUUGCUGCUGCCUGGCCUCAAAACUGUGCGGGCGUCCACAGUGGAGGGACUCUUCUUCAAGGACACUGUUGGAGACACGCCCAUACACAAGCUGGUGCUCGACAUGUACACGAUGGACACCAGUGGCAAGAGUGACCAUGGUGGCGGCAUGUAGGUCCCACGCUACGCCACCUGUCGGAGCAGAACAGUAGGAGUGACGGUCUUCCCGGCGCCCGUAGUGAGGCGCCAUACAUGACUCACGGAUGGAAGGAGUCAGGCGGCGAACUUGCCCGCGAGGCGCCAACUAGCGGAAUCCAAUCUUGUAUAUCGCAUUCGCUCCUUAAAAAUCAAACAUAUCUGCGCUCACUUCUUGUUUUGUCCAUCGUUGCUUCAG